AUGCGUCGUCAUUAGAUUAAUCAAGAGUAGAAUUGUUUUAUGAUCCCCAUUUAAAGUAAGGUUGAGCUUUGGAGUCAGUCAGUUCAAUUUGGUUAUGAGUGUGCCAAGGGCCGCUAUGUAUCAAGCUCCGAAGAAAGACCUCUUGUUGAAAAGACAGGCCAAAGAGUAUUGUGGCGCUGCAUCCAUCCAUGGACUUACCUACAUUGCCGAGGAGGGACGACCCAUUUGGGAAAAUCUAUUAUGGGUGUUUCUAUGCAUUGCUAGUGCAGUGGUUUGCGUCUUGCUUUGCCUGCCCAUUUGGAAUAAGUGGAAGGAUAGUCCCACAUAUACCACGGUCUCGAGUACAAAUUUUCCAGUUUGGGAGAUUGAUUUCCCGGCCUUCACAGUGUGCUCCAAUGAGAAGAUCAUCCUAAAGAACUUGGAACAUAUUUAUGAAAAGAAAAAAACUGAUGAUAAAACCGCUUCGGGGAUGCUUGAUAUCCUCACCAAGUAUGUCAAAUUUGUCGAGGAUCCGUCGGUUUUCCAAGACUUUUACUCGAACCAAACCGGGCUUUUCAAAAACAACACGGAUCCCAUCAAUGGCCUUUUGAGAUGGAGCAUGCACUCUUGCGAAGAUAUGUUACUGUAUUGUGAAUGGCAAGGUAUUCCCAAAAAGUGUGACACCUUAUUCAAAGUGAGCAAGUCGGAUAACGGAUUCUGUUGCUCUUUCAACAUUGUGACAACUCGCGAACAAUUCGAGACAGCAGACACCGUCGAAGGGUCUUCAAAUGACUCCUUCACCGACUAUUAUUACGAAAUACAAUACUUCGAUGAGACCAACAGUACGGGGAAUACUAGUGAAUCAGGAUCUGGUGGUGGAGUUCAGAAAAGAAGCGUGACCGAGGCUCCCAAGAGUGAGGACACAACCACCGCUAAAUCGUCCCAAAAUGUAUUGAAACUUCAGAAAACGAAUAGCGCCAGCACUCUUUUGGGACUAACGGUCAUCCUCAAGCCGUCUAGUUUGACGCCUCAGACGGGCUCCGAGCUAAACGUUAAUAUACACGAUUAUGAUGGGUACAAGUUUUUGGUUCAUGAUCCCAGAGAGUUUCCCGAGGUUACGGGCAAGGGCUUGGCUUUACUGACUGGGAACGUGGCCUACGUGGGGGUUUCAGCAUCCUACACUAACAGUACCCCAGCUGUUCGGAAGAUGGCAAUCAAAGGACGGAAAUGCAUUCAGGGCGGAUCGGACCUACAAACCUUGGAAAUCACGGAGGGGGUGAAGAUGGAAGUGUUCCAAAACUACACCCGAGCCAAUUGCUUAUUGGAAUGUCGUGCACAUUUGAUGCAAAAAACAUGUCAAUGUUUGCCCUACUAUUUCCCAGACUUCACUAAAGUUUGGAACAAAAAUACAGAAUGUGACCUGGAGGGAUUGGAGUGCCUGGCCAAAGAAGCCGUCCGAUUGAAUGCACUCAACGUCGGAGAUAAGAAACCCGAUCGGGAUUCGGGUCUUUUAGAUGGGGCAUCUUGCAAUUGUCCAAUCCAAUGUGAAGAGACCAUUUACAAUACGGAAUUGUCCCAAGUCAAGGCCAAACAAAAUGCACCCAUAUUCCAGCGAUAUCUGGACUCGUGCGACCUCGAGUCGGAAAAAGAUUCGAAUGCAGUGCCAUCACCCAAUUGUGAGAUUCGAAACGAUGCCAAAAACAAUCAAGAAUCGUUGACCAUAGCAUAUGUCUAUUUCAAGGAGUUGGGGGUCUUGAAAUACACAAGGGAUGAGUUGUAUUCCACCAUCGACGUGAUAGCUGCAUUUGGGGGUGUGAUUGGAUUAUGCCUUGGAUUCAGUUUUCUGAGUGGAGCCGAAUUCCUAUACUGGUUUACAUUAAGGAUGGGAACAGAUGUCUCGAGGAAAAAACGGAGUGCCCCAAUGACGGAUUAAGAUCUCACGGAACAUACAAAAUGGCGUACUUUGAAACCUCUUUUAUUCCCAAAUUUGUUUUAGAAAAUUGACAUUCUCUAUGUAGGUUAUCUUUAUUCUAUUACUCUAGUUUUUUAUGGUUGCAUUACAAGACGGUGGUAAUCUUUUGAUGAGCAAAAUGAAAUUUUAAUGCUUGUUCAAUUUGGUGAUAAUAGUCUGACAAGCAAUAAAAAUUCUCAAUAUUUGCUCCUUACACAAAUAGGCGAACGACUCUCAAAAAUUUACUCAAUUAAACUGAUAGCUCGAGUUCUAGGGCAAAGGCAGAAAUAUAUAUUUCAACGUUUGACAAAACUACUUAUGCUUAUAAUGGAAGAAAACAAGUAGCUGUAAAAAAUCUGAUUGUAUAUAGCAUAUAACAAGUGAAUAAACGGAUAUUUCUGAAUGAA